GCCAAGUAAAAGAAGAAAACCCUAGUCAAGAUUUUUUGGGAAUUAACAUUUGUUUUAAUUUUAAAUUUGAGAUUGUCACUGGGUCAUAAUUUCAUGGAUUAGGGUUCUCUACAAUUUCUCCCAAAUUGAUUUCAUUUUCUGUUCAUGGAUUAUUAGGGUUUUCUCUUUCUCUGCUCACAUGCGGUACAGUUAGAACUUUGAACAACCGGACCACCGUGAGUCGUUGACUCACUUGAAACGUCGCCGCCGCCGCCAUGUUGAGCUCUUCUUGCUCGCACUCAUUGGCCCAACGCCCAAUUCUUGCACCCUCCUCCAUAUCUAGAAAGCUCAAAGUUCGUAUUUCAAAUCGACGUGCAAGUUUUCCUUCUCCAAGCGGGACUCAUCCGAUCUUCGAUUCAAGUUGUAAAUCUUCAAAGAAAAGAUUAGAGAUUUCGUGCUUUAGGAAAGAGGAUUCCUCCUCAGAAGCCCAUGAGUCUGAUAACAUUGAGCGCUUUCCACACGAGGAAUUGGUCAAACAUGAACUUGAUAAGUCCAGCAAAGUUAAAGUAAAUUGGAAAUUAAGUCUCCGAGAGGCCAAGGAUGCUGUAUUUAGGGCAAUUGGGAGCCGGUGGACGGUACCUUGGAAGGCAGAGACCAUUCUGCAGGUUAUGCUUCUCUGGAUGGCCUCAUUCUGGUUCAUAGGAUCUUGGGUGAUACCAUUUGCUGCCCAUGUCGCUGGUUUUAACAAAGAAUCUUUGACACUCAGGGGUCAAGCUUUUUUUAGCCUAGUCACGGAUAUAACUGAAGGCCUUGCUGGCAUUGCAAUCAUUCAUCGCUGUCUGACUCACUUUCGCCCCCUUCCAUCUGAUUGGUUUAGGUUUAGCCUGCGAGGAAACUGGAUACUUGAUGUUGCCAUUGGAUGCCUCAUGUUUCCUUUCGUCAAUCGGCUCUCACAAUUUAACCUUAACCUAUUGCCUCGUUUGCCCUCUGCUCCUAUUACCCAAUCAAGUGUUGAGCAGUCAAUUAUGGCUCGAGAUCCAGUGGCAAUGGCUCUGUAUGCAAUAGUAGUUUCAGUUUGUGCUCCUGUAUGGGAGGAGAUCGUCUUUCGGGGUUUCCUUCUCCCAUCGUUGACCAAGUACAUGCCUGUGUGGUGUGCCAUACUUAUGAGUUCUAUUGCUUUUGCUCUUGCUCAUUUCAAUGUACAAAGAAUGCUACCGCUCAUCUUCCUUGGGGUGGUGAUGGGUGUAAUUUUUGCACGGUCACGGAAUUUAUUGCCAUCUAUGCUUUUGCAUAGCCUUUGGAAUGGCUUUGUAUUUUUCGAUCUAAUGAAAUAGUUGUUUAGCUUUGUACUUCGUGUAGAUCAGUGAACUAGGGGAUACCUGUCACGUGCAAUUGAUGAAAUAACCAAGGUUACUGCAAGGGCGUCUGCUAGAAGAGAUACAGCAAACCGAAGGAUCUUUGUGGGUUAUGCUUCUUUCAUCGACUUUUGAACAGAAUCAACAAAUGUUCUUCUUCAUACUGUAUUUUUACUGUAGUGACUGAUCAUCUUCAAGCUGCAGCAAAGAUUCACACAGGAGUAAAAGAAGUAAUUAUCGACAUUUUAACUAGUCAUUGUUAGUCAACAAAUGUAAUCUGUGAUAGAAAAAUCAUGUUGCUCAUAUGCGUUGGGAUUAGAUUUUGGAAUAAAAUCUGUUGUAUCUGUUAUUUUUGUGCUUCUGAAUGUUGAUCACUCUAUUGAAAUGUAAAGGGUUAUUGUUAUC